AUGCCAGGCUUCGCUCGGUUGCUUCUACACUUCCUAAACCUCAGCGUCACGAGCAUCGGAAUGUCAGCCGUAAUAUCGGGCGAAGAGCCGGCAGGCGAUGACGGAUCUCAGAUGCCGCCACCGCCCUCACAUGCCCCAAGCGCGAGACAAGAAGGGCGCGCUUCAUACGACAAGCAACUCUUCCCACGCUUGUGGAAAGCCGCCGCAGAUCGAGCCACGGUGGGUGUACAAAGGGCUCUCGGCGCAGAAGUCAAGAAGGGAUCCAAGGGGAUCGCCGCAACAGCUGCCGAUAACGUUGAUCUGGAAGCAGUUUGGGCCAUCUGGACUUCCUCGGUGGACUACUAG